CACAGGGGCCCAGGUUAAUUUGGUAUCAUUGGAACGUUACAAAGCUAUGACAAAAAAGAGCAAAAUGCAUCCGGUGAAAAUAAAAGUCACUGGAUACACAGGAGAGAGAGUUCCUGUUAAAGGUGGAUGUGUUGCGACAUUCAGAUACAAAAAACACCAGAUAAGAGCACAGCUGCUGAUUGUGGAUAAGAGUGUACAACCAGUCCUAGGACUCAGUGCAUGCGUAAAGCUCAACCUGGUUAAAUGGGUGUACAUAGUCUCCACACCAGAAGCCCCGAAUGAUCAGGAUUCCCUCAUGGAAGAAUAUAAAGACUGUUUCGAAGGACUUGGAUGUCUCCCAGGACAACAUAAAAUAUGUGUGGAUAAAAAUGUGCCACCUGUUGUGCAUCCCUGUAGGAAAAUCCCAUUUGCACUGCGGGAAAAACUAAAAGACGAACUGGCACGCAUGGAAAAACUAGAGGUCAUCAAGAAAAUAGAUGAGCCAACUGAAUGGGUCAGCUCACUGGUGGUUCUACAAAAGAAAACAGGUGCUCUCAGAACAUGUUUGGAUCCACGGGAUUUAAAUAAAGCAAUUAAAAGAGAACGUUUCAAGCUGCCAACCAGAGAAGAAAUCAUGGCACAGUUUGCCGGAGCUAAAUGGUUCAGUAAACUAGAUGCCUCAUCAGGUUUCUGGCAGCUGAGGCUGGACGAGGAGAGCUCUAGACUUUGUACGUUCAACACACCUGAGGGCAGAUACAGGUUUCUUCGUCUGCCAUACGGCAUCUUGUCAGCUCCUGAAGUCUACCACAAGACCAUUCAUAUGAUUUUUGAGCACAUUCCAGGAGUGGAGACCAUGAUGGAUGACAUCAUAGUUUGGGGAACCACUAGAGAAGAACAUGACCAAAGACUGAGACAAGUACUAGACAAGACAAGAGAAGUCAAUCUGAAACUAAACAAAGAUAAAUGUGAGUUUGGAGUGAAAAAACUUACAUUUGUGGGAGAUGUUGUCAGUGAGAAUGGGGUGAAGCCAGACCCAAAGAAAACGUCAGCAAUAUGUAACAUGGAAAGACCAAACAACAAAGACGACGUCAGAAGGUUUCUAGGAAUGGUCACCUAUCUGGCAAAGUUUGUCCCACAACUGUCAACAUUGUCAGCACCUCUCAGAAGUUUGCUUGAACAAAAGAAUGAAUGGAUCUGGUCCCAUGAACAAGAGCAAUGUUUUCUAAAGUUAAAAGAGAUUCUCACACAAGAGCCAGUGCUAAAGUUUUAUGACCCAGAGAGAAGCACCAGAAUCUCAGCAGAUGCAUCACAACACGGACCGGGUGCAGUGCUGUUGCAGCAACAUGAGGAACAGUGGUUGCCGGUAGCCUAUGCAUCCAGAGCUUUGACAAGUGCAGAGACACGAUAUGCUCAAAUAGAAAAGGAGCUGUUAGCGAGCAUGCAUGCUUGUGAACGUUUCCAUCAGUAUGUCUAUGGCCAAACUUUUGAAGUGGAAACUGACCACAAACCACUGGUGUCCAUCAUGUCCAAACCACUGAAUGACAGUCCAGUAGGGAUACAGCGCAUGCUAAUCAGGCUACAGAAAUACGACGUGCACAUGAUCUACACAAAAGGAAAGUAUAUGUACACAGCUGAUACAUUGUCAAGAGCAGUGGAUAAAGAAGAGCAUGAAGACCUUGAGAAAAGUCUGGACAUACAAGCAUAUGUUGACAUGGUGAUGACAUCUCUGCCAGUAUCUGCUGACAGAUCAGAACAGAUAAAAAUAGAGACAAAUGCAGAUGAAGUCAUGAAUGAACUUAAGAGCACAAUAAUGAAAGGAUGGCCAGAAAACAAGAAAGAGUGCUCAGCGAAAAUCCAGGACUACUGGAACUGCAGAGGAGAACUAACUGUGGUGGAUGACAUAGUGAUGAAAGGGAGCAAAUAUGUCAUACCAUCCUCGUUACGCAAACAGAUGCUCCAAAAGAUCCACGAAGGUCACCUCGGAGAGGUCAAGUGUAAACGCAGGGCAAGAGAAGUAAUGUACGGGCCAAGAAUCAACCAAGACAUCAGCCAGACCACAGCUUCAUGUGAACAGUGCCGCAUCUACAGGCCCAAACAGCCGGCGGAGCCACUGCUGGCUCACCCAGCACCACACAGACCUUACUAUAAGGUAGGAACAGACCUGUUUGAUUUUGAUGGGAAAAGUUACAUAGUGGUGACAGAUUACUUUUCAAACUAUCCAGAAGUUGGGCUACUGCAGACAACUUCAGGUAAAGCAGUAAUUGCUUAUCUAAAGACUGUCUUUGCCAGGCAUGGUGUCCCAUGUGAACUUUUCUCCGAUAAUGGGCCCCAGUUUUCCAGCUGUGAGUUUGCCACCUUUGCUAAGGAAUGGGGGUUUCAACACUCAAAAUCAAGCCCCAUAUAUCCAAAGUCCAACGGCUUAGCAGAAAGCUCUGUCAAGAUAAUAAAAACAUUAAUGAAAAAAGCUCAGGACAGAGAGGAUUUUCAGAAGAGCCUACUGAUCUAUAGAAGCACACCGUUGCAGAAUGGAAUGUCACCAGCUCAGAUGCUGAUGGGGAGACGUAUUCGAUCCAACCUGCCAGUCAAUGAGGACCUGCUGACGCCAAAAACUGCACAUAAAGUUAAGGAAGCAAAGGAUGGACAAAAGGUGAAACAAAAACAGCUGCAUGAUCACAAGGCGAGACACCUGCCUUCCCUGAAGCCAGGAGACAAGGUGCGUCUCAGACACAUUACUACAGGGACCUGGAGACAUCAAGGUCAGGUGAAGGAGGAGGUGGCGCCACGUUCAUACAAGAUCCAGAUGGAGGGUGGAGUGUCCCUGAGGAGAAAUCGAGUAGACCUUCAGCUACAUCCAGAAGGAAAAGACACAGAACCUCAGGAGACAGUGCAGCAGGACAUGGAGAAAUCUACAGAGUCAGCAAACAGAGGGUCAGAAGACGCUAGAAGUGGCCCGUCACAGGAUUCCGCGUCACCUGCUGCUGAGAGACUUUUGAAAACUAUGACAUCACCACAGGGUGAAAGACUGUUGAGACCAAAGAGACAUGUUCAGCCACCUAAGAGACUAAUUGAGAGUUGUUAG